CUAGCAUUCGAUUUGACAACUGAUUUUGACAGCUACGAGCUCGAUUAACAACAAACCUUUAUUUACUGUUUUCCUUUGGUCCCAGGGCUGCCGUCUGCAAAUCAAACCGAGCAGGAACAUGAAUAUCACACGAAACGACUUCAAAAUCAUGCCCCGGUCGAUAGUGUGCGAGGAUAACAACCUGCAGGGUGACAUCACGAUCAGUUCCGGCUGUGUCAUCCACCCCUGCUCGACCAUCAUAGCCGAAUCGGGACCGAUCGUGCUGGGUGAAAACUGUAUCGUGGAAGAGUACGCCACGAUACGGUACCGCAUACCGAAAGACCACCCGGACUACGGGCAGCUGACGGAGGAAGGUACCGCCAAGCCGCUAAUCAUCGGACCGGACAAUGUGUUCGAGGUGGGCUGUACGGUGGAGGCACUGUCGAUCGGUGAGCGGAACGUGUUCGAGUGCAAGAGCUACGUGGCGGCCGAUGUAACGGUGGGCAAUGGGUGCGUUAUCGGGGCCGGAUGUCUGCUGGCCGGCAAGCAAACGCUGGCAGACAAAACGAUCGUGUACGAGACCCAGUGUAUGCAGCGGGAAGCGAUGGACAAGCAAAAGACGCAGAUGAUACAGCUGGACUAUCUGCGUAAGAUACUGCCGAACUAUCACCAUCUCCGGAAGGCUAACUAUGAUCCAAAGAAGGCACGGGCACAAGUUUAGAAGCAUGGGCUUUUACCAGAAAUUCCUUUACAGUUCCGUUCCAUUUAGCACACUUUUGUUCCAUUGGCUAAUUUAAUUUACUUACUUUUGUGUGAAAAUGUGUGUGUAAUCGUUUCGCAGCGAGUUGAAAGUGCAAUUCAACACUAUUAUAAUAAAAUUAGCGUUUCCUUACAUAUUUAUCGAAAUGAA